CGGGGGCAGAGUCCGGCGCGGGUGGCGCGGCCUGAGCGCUGAAAAUGCUGCUGGGGCUGUGGAGCAAGAAGAAGGACAAGUCCAAGGAGACCUUCAAGCUGGUGGAGAGCGAGGCUCCGUCUCCAUCCCCGUCCCCCGCGGCGGUCCCGGCCCCGGCCCCCACGCGGCUGCAUUUCCACGCGCAGCUGGCGCACGGCAGCCCCACGGGCCGCGUGGAGGGCUUCGGCAGCGCCCGAGAGCUCUACGGCAGGAUCGGCCAGGCCUUCGGCAUCGACCCCCAGCAGAUCAUGUUUUGCACUUUGAACACUUACAAAGUCGACAUGGACAAGCUCUUGGGUGCCCAGAUUGGCCUUGAAGAUUUCAUAUUUGCCCACGUGAAGGGACAGCGAAAAGAGGUGGAAGUUCUGAAAACUGAGGAUUUGCUGGGCCUUACUAUUACAGACAAUGGGACUGGCUGUGCAUUUAUAAAGAGGAUCAAAGAAGGCAGCCUGAUGGACCAAACCAAAACUGUCUGCGUGGGUGACCACAUAGAGACCAUCAAUGGGAAGAACGUGUCGGAUUGUCGGCAUUACGAGGUCGCCAGGAUGCUGAAGGAUCUGCAGAAAGGUCAGCUCUUCAAGCUGGAGCUGAUAGAGCCCAUGAAAGCCUUUGAAAAGCUGGAACCGAGGUCCAGAGGUGGAGCUCUGCCAGAGGCCAAAAUCUCCAGAGGGAGGGAAACGCUUCGCCUGAGAACCAAAGGCUGUGCCACUCUGGAGGAGAUGCCAACUGAAGUUGAAGAAAAAGCAAUUAAAAAAGUGGAUGAGCUUCUCGAGGCCUACAUGGGGAUAAGAGACAUCGAAUUAGCCGCCACCAUCGUGGAAGCCGGGCGGGACAAGGGGAACCCCGACGAGUUCGCCGUGGCCUUGGACGAAACCCUGGGGGACUUCGCCUUCCCCGACGAGUUCGUGUUCGACGUGUGGGGGGCGAUGGGAGACGCCAGGCAGGGCCGGCUGCAGUGAGGGCAAAGUAAUUCACAAAUUAAUAAAGACAUCAAUGACUCCAUGGAGGGGAAUUCGGGGUGCUCCCUGUAAGUGUUCUCACCCCAGGCUCCCUGUGGCCCUGCAAAGGGAGGUUUCCAUCGGAACUACGAAGGUGAACCCGCAGUUUUGAUGACUGCACGUUUAAAGGGUUUAAUUGACACGCUGUGAGGUGAUCUAUUUAUACAGAUGUUUUCUUAAAAUGAUAUAUUUUUUAUUGUACACGCACCUCGAUAUCCGUAUUCUGGAAAGCAUUAGAUCUCAGCAAGGAGCUUUGGGUUAUUUUAUCCCUUCAGAGAGGUUUCUAAAGUUGCUGAAGAACCACUGCUAUGCAUUCAUGUACACAAAGAGCUGAGAAAAACCUAAAGCCUGGGGUUUUCUUGCACAGGUUGGUGUGGAAAAACCCCUGCUGUUUCGGCCAUGCAUUUUACUUUGAGAAAUAAAUGUUCAGUUUAUCCUCAGGGGGAUAAUUUGUCUCGUUAAACUGCUGGGUUUUGGCAUGGACAUUGCUGUAGACAAAGGUGGGAAGAAGAAGUUGCCUUGUUUCUUUAGAAUGCAAAUUCAGCAAAAAAAAUAAAUAAAAAUCCUCUAAAACACAAGAGCUAAGAUCUUGGAAUGGAAAGGACAUUCUGUUUGGAUAUUACUGAGGUGAGUAAGGAGAGUAGAAAUGCUUAAACUGGGCAGCUGCUGCUUUGUUCAGAUGCCAUGUUAUUGUAACAGGAACUGUGGAUGAAGAAAUGAACGUUAAUUUUUGUUUCCUGUCAAUAUAUUUGAGUGAUGUCUGUGAGUUGGCACUGCAGACCACAGUGUGUGACUAAGUCUUAAUUGGGCUUUGCAUAUUCUAAAUAAUUUUUUGCAAUCCUGUGGAAUUCCCCUCUUGGCUGUGGUUUUUUUUCCCACGUGGAAGCACAGGAGAAGUUGAAGGUGGUCAGACCUAAAGGAUAUUGUUGUGAAGUCACAGCCACUCGUAAUUUGGUUGACAAUGCAUGACUAAACCCUGAAAAAUGUGCUAAACUGAUUUUAGGUGUCAGGAUUUCCAAUUAAUGUUGUACACGAGCAUUUAACUGCUAAUUGUUUUACUAAUAAAUCAGAGAUUAUAGAAAAUGAAAUUAAACAAGAAUGUGGGGUCUGACCCAGGAAAGUGUCACAGAUUUUUAGUAUUUUUAUAUUUGCAGAAGAGCAUAAAAUAAUAAUUAUUACAAAAGGGUUUUUUUCUAAGUCACUUCCUUGUUGCUUUUCUUCUGAGGAAAAUGUCUUUCACAUCUCUUUAAAAUAAAGACUAUGCCAAUAAUUUUA